AUUUGACGUAACAGUAACAACACAUAACCCAAUUUAUUUUUGUUUUGUUUGAGGAAUUCGUUUAAACAAAUCUAAUAUUAAUAUUAAUAACAAUGUCUGUGACUAUACAUACCGAUUUGGGUAAUAUGAAGAUAGAAUUAUUUUGUGAAUCGUGCCCGAAGGCUUGUGAAAACUUUCUAGCUCUUUGUGCUAGCGAUUACUACAAUGGUUGUCUUUUCCACAGGAGUAUUAAAGGUUUUAUCGUACAGACAGGCGAUCCCACGGGAACUGGAAAAGGCGGUAUAUCGAUAUGGGGGAAAAAGUUUGAAGACGAAUUCAAAGAACAAAUAAAACACAAUGCCCGGGGGAAUGUUUCUAUGGCUAGUAACGGACCUAAUACAAACGGCAGUCAAUUUUUCAUAACGUAUGCUCCUCAACCGCAUCUAGAUUUAAAAUACACAACUUUUGGAAAGGUCAUAGACGGUCUAGACACUUUAGAUGAACUGGAAAAACUGCAAGUUAACCCCAAGAGUUAUAAACCACUUACCGAUGUUAGAAUAAAUGGUGUAACAAUACAUGCUAAUCCACUAGCAGGAUAAAACGACUUCAAAAUUGACUUAUUUUACAUAUGUAUCUGUAUUUUAAAUAAAAAUUGAAUUUUUG